AUGUCCUCGACCCCAGAGAAAUCCCAAGUAUUCCCUAUAUCACCCACCCAGGGAUCUCAAAGAGACAAAAAGCUCACAAGCCUCCGCGCAUCCAUAACAGAACUGGAGACUCAAGCAAGACAAAUCGAAGACCAAGUCGCCGAGGUCCAUGCCAAGUUGAAGAAUGACCCGUCUGACACAGUAAAGCGGCAUAUUCGAUUGCUGCACGAGUAUAACGAGAUCAAAGACAUUGGGCAGGGGCUGAUGGGACUUAUUGCUGAUACCCGAGGCGUGAGACAGGUUGAUGUGCAGAAGGAAUUCGGGGUUGGUGUGAAAGAUUGA